AUGCAUUCACUCACUGCUAUUGUUAUUGUUAUUAUUAUGGUUAGUUUUCUACAAUUCAAUAAAAUAUUAUGUCAAUCAGAAUAUGGAAGUUUUUUUCCAAUACCAUUGACUAUAUCAAAUGAAGAUCCUAAUUUUCGACAAUGUCCUAUGGAAAAUAGAGCAUAUGCUUAUACAACUAAUUGUUCACUCUUUCAUUAUUGUACAUUUGGAAUUCAUAGAAUUUAUUUAUGUAUUGAUGGAUUCUUUUUUAAUCCAAUUAGUGGUCGAUGUCAAUAUUUAUCAAUGGAAAAAGAUGUUAAAUGUGAAGUAAUUCUUCAAAAAAUGAUGGAUACAGAUUUUUAUCCACUUGUUGAAACUGUUAAAGGUAAAUGA